CGACAACAACUGCACAGACUCUCGCGCACACCCCACCGCACCAUUCCAUACCCGAGAGAUUAACGAGCAAACACUACUCCCAUCACCGCCGCCGCCGCCACCUUUCACACCACCCGACCGGGGCCAUCAUGUCCAACUCACUCGACACCGAAGCUGGCUCCGAGCUGUUCAGCAACUACGAAGCCGAAUUAAAGCUGGUGCAGGCAGACAUCUCCCAGAAGCUCGACCAGAUCCCCGAACUGUCCGGCGAACAGCGCAAAACAUAUGUCGCUCAGGCCGAGCGCGCCUUGGAAGAGGCCAGAGAACUGCUCGACUCGAUGCGCCUCGAGAAGCAGAACAUUCCUCAAGCCUGGAAAGUCAAAGUCAACCAGCGAUUCCGCAACUAUGAAAGCGACGUCGACGCAGCGAAGCGCAAACUGAAGAGCCUGGCGAGUAAUGACCGUCAGGCGCUGUUCGGCAAGCGCUACACAGACAAUCCCACACAGGACGAUCAGUUGGAGCAGAGACAGCAGUUGCUCGGCGGCACAGACAGGUUGGAGAGGUCGAGUGGGAGACUACGAGAAUCACAACGUAUUGCGUUGGAGACAGAGGACAUUGGUCGAAAUACCCUCGCGGAUCUGAGUAGACAGCGCGAGACUAUUGAGCACACACGAGGCACGUUACUGGAAAGUGAAGGAUAUACGGAUCGGAGCAAUAAGACGUUGAAGGGCAUGGCACGAAGAAUGGCUACCAACAAGAUCAUCACCGUUGCGAUUAUUGCUGUGCUCGUGAUACUCAUCAUCGCCGUCGUUGUGAGCAAAUUCCGAUGAGAAUAGUUGGUUGUAUGAUGGGAGUUUCGGAGAGCGGACACGGACCACUGAUACUUGUACAUUCUCAAGCUAAUGCCACAGUACCUACUUUCUUGAGGUAACAGGCCUCUUCUCUUUUUCAAAUGUGGCCUGCAGCAAUCGAUUUCCGAG